AUGGGCCAUUGGUUUGAUGAAGCUGUCCCCAGGGAUCAAGAGUGGUUGGUUACAGGACUCCAGACUCAGCUGGAGAAUUCAGUCAGCCCACAAACUGCACCAGAUCCCAGUGUCUUGAUUGCUUUGGACUUGGCUGAAGACCAAAAUUUCCAUGUGAAAAAACAGCUGAUCCAGCAGCUAAAGGAAACAGCCACAAAAGAGAUGACCUCUGGCAAAGUGGCCCUUUAUGUCUUAGCUCUCCAGUCCUCCUGUGAGAAUCUUGACAUCACCAUAGAGGGGGAAAAUGUCAACUUGGUCCACCUCCUAGAAGAAAAAACUAAAGAAGAGAUUAAGCAGUUCAGUAUCUCUGGGAUCCCCAAGACAACCUUUUACCAGCUGGCCUUGGAUGCUCUGGCCCUCUGUGUGGAAAAAAGCCCAGAUACUGAAAUGGCCGCCAUUGCACUUGCUAAGGCAGCCCUGGCUAAUCACUUUGAGUAUCAAGGGCAUUUCUCUGUAGAUACUGCAGCUAUGGCAAGCUUGGCGCUGACCUGUGUGUACGAUGGAAUGAUCACAAAGCAUCAGAGCAAGAUUGUGGGAGUCAUGCAGGAGGCACUGGUCAUGAUCACAAAGCGCAUCAUUGAUGAACAGCGGAGCAAUGGCAUCAUUGGAAACAUCUAUAGCACUGGCCUAGCAAUGCAGGCACUCAGUGUUACUUCUGAGUUCUACAGCUCAGGGGCAUGGAGCUGUAUGAAGACCCUAAACACAGUGCUGAGAGAGAUCUAUCAGGGAGCCUUUACCAUCCCUGCUACUGCUUCUCAAAUCCUGCCUUCACUGGUGGGUAAAACAUACCUGGAUGUGAAGGAUCUCACUUGUUCCUCACAAAAUGUUCCCAUCAUCUCAGUAAAAUAUACCAUAAUCAAUAACCUAGUUGGACCCUAUUUCAACUUUUCUAUCACGGUGAAUGUGACAAAGGGAUCCGUGCUGCUUGAGGUCUUGGAAGUAGCUCAACAGAAGCAACCGAUGAACUUCAGCUUUCAAACAGAGCAGACCUCCCAGGGAACUAUGGUUGUCUCCAUCCAUGAUAUCAAUGCCAGCACCAAUGAGAAGACUUACUGGCAGUUCUUCAGUGGCAAAAGACCCCUUGAACAAGGUGUUGGCAGCUACAAACCAGCAGACAACGAACAAAUUGAAGCCAUCUUCAGCAGUUAUGGUCUUCCUAGAAAGGACUACGGUCAAAAGACACACGUACCACAUAACAGUCCCCUCCAGGCUAAACAUUGUGGCAGUUUAUGCUAA